GAUUGAUACAACUGAGAUUUCUCCGCCAGUUGGCAGUUCGACGAGUACUCGAGGUCCUCCAUUUUUAUUCAGCCAUCAUCGAAGAUGAAGUCGGUCUCUGUUAAAGACGUCGAUCAACACAAGUUUGUCAGGGCCUUGGCUGCCUUCUUCAAAAAGUCUGGCAAAGUAAAGGUCCCAGAAUGGGCUGAUCUUGUAAAGACAGCCGUCUUCAAGGAGUUGGCGCCGUUCGAUGAAGAUUGGUUCCUGAUUCGCAUGGCAUCUCUGGCCCGGCACAUCUACAUCAGAUCCCCCAUUGGAGUCAAGACCGUCAAGAGGAUCUACGGAGGACACAAAAACAAUGGUGUGAGGCCUUCCCAUUUCUGCGGCAGCUCCGGCUCGGUCGCCCGUAAAGUGUUGCAGGCCCUUGAAGCCAUCAAGUUGGUCGAGAAGGACGCCAACGGUGGUCGCCGUCUUACUUCGCAAGGAUUCCGUGAUUUGGACCGAAUUGCUUCUCAAAUCAAGUCGGCUAAGGCGUGAAAUGUGAAAUAAGAUCCAAUCGUGUCAUACCAUCUGCGCUGUGUCCCUUGAAUAAACGGGUGAGGCACUUAAA